CAGCAGGUCAGCGACAGUCAUUCAGUCAUCAUAACACAGUGGUGGAGGGAGGACGUGGUGCUCCGCCGGGGCUUCCUGGAUACAGUGUUCCCAGUGCGCGGAUGAGUGACGUAAAGACCACUACUACACAAUGUCCGAUAGAUUUCACAGGGCGGCGCGGGACGGGUACCUGCACGUGCUGAAGGAGGCCACCAGGCGGGACUGCAACCAACCUGAUGAAGAUGGCCUCACUCCGACCUCCUGGGCUGCCUACGAGGGGAACCUGGACGCUCUUAGGGUCAUUGUGGGGAGAGGUGGUGACCCGGAUAAAUGCGACCACUACGGCAACACGGCCCUGCAUUGUGCCGCCGCGCGGGGCCACAUGUCCUGUGUCUCCUUCCUCGUCAACUUCGGCGUGAACGUGUGGGCGCUAGACAACGAACUGCACACCGCCAAGGACAUGGCCGCCAUGAACAACAAAGAUGAAAUCCUGCGUUACCUGGACUCUGUGUACGCCAAGCAAACAGUGUCUGAUCCCAAGCAAGUCAAAAAGAUCCAGGAGAAGGCACAGAAGGAUGCAGAGAAGAGACGGAAGGAUUUCGAUAAAAUUCAAAAGAAAGCUGACAAGAAACGAGAGGAGGAAAAUAUUAAGUUGCAGAAAGAACGAGAGAAGAUUGAGAGAAAUGAGGAAAAACCUCACAGCGGAGGGGUGAAGAAGACCAUCAUGAACACCAUAUCCCGCGGCUCUCUGGCCUUCAUCGGCGGCCCCAGGAAGGACUCUCGCAACCUGUAUGACAACACCUACCAGAGUCCUAAGUUUUCUGACCUCACCACCACUAAGGACCACUCCAAGAAGACGAUGGGCGGCAUGCAGAAGAGGAUUAUCAGAAAGAAGAUGAUGGAUGAGAACAGAGGACCGAAUGACUUCAAGGUUGGCACCAUAGAGUCUGACGGCAAGAAGUCAGUGAGAAACUUGAAGGGUCUGCGCCGCGACUCUGAGAUCAUUUUUGUGCCCAACGGAAGUCUGAGCAGCACCAACAGUGAGUCCUCAACAUACGGCAAGAGAGGGAAGCUAACGGACGUUUUUGAGCAGGACGGAGAAGACGGCGGGCAGCCCCUGCAGCGCACCCUCAGUCAGCCAGACUUCUUCUACGGCGAUCAAGAUAAUCCCACCUUGAAGAACCGUGGCUCACUGUUUGCCAGACCCGGCUUUGGUUCCGUUGCCUUCAGGACCAACUCCAUUACGGCCACGCUGAGCAGUUUAGCCCCGAGUGGCAGCGACGACACCUCGCCCAGACUCUCCCCGCUGCAGGGCUCCGGUAGCUCCCUGGCUCACGGCAACGACUCAUCCGAACCCUGGGAAGAGGAGGACCUGCCUUCAGACGACGAGAGCGAGGCAACCCCAGUGUACCUCUUCUUGGCUGCGGCUGGAUUGGUAGAUUUCAUCCCCACCUUUGCGCGGGAGCACAUCGACCUGGACGCCCUCAUGCUGCUUACCGAGGAGGAUCUACUUAACCUCAAACUGCCGCUGGGGCCGCGCAGGAAGCUCCUUAAGGCUAUUAAUGAGCGCAAGUCUGCCAUAGAGAAUCCCGGAGAGGUUGAGGACAGCCAGCUCUGAGGGAGUGCUGUGUGUUACCAGUACGUUGUUGGUGUCACAUUUCCUGCCGACCCCCACCCCCAGCUCCUUCUCGCUGGCAUGACCAUACAACCAUUCUAGUCCAUGUUGUGCACCGACCUACUGACCUGUUCCUGCCAGUAACUCUUGACUAUCUUUGUACAUUUAUGUGUUUGGGUGUUGUGUCUACAAUUUGUAACUGUAAUGUGAAGAGUAUCAUGUGUGUGUGUGUGUGUGUGUGUGUGUGUGUGUGAACUUGGUUAGUGAAGUAAAGAUGAGUGUAUAUAGUGACACAGGAAUUACACAGUAUAUUUUACACUUUCCUUGUAUAGAAUAAUAAUAAAAAAAAAAAAAUGCUACUUUAAUCAAGACUGUAUCAUUAGUUUUAUAAAUGACUAAAAAUCUAUAGAGUGCAUUGAUAAGCAUAAUAGAAAAGUAAUUUUGUUCUUAAAAUGAAGAGAAAAUAACCUAAUUUGUGCAUGUCAUUAAAACAUCACAGUAUGUAAAAAAAAAAUUUCUCUCUCUCUCUCUCUCUCUCUCUCUCUCUCUCUCUCUCUCUCUCUGUGUGUGUGUGUGUGUGUGUGUGUAAGUUUUAAAAGUUCUCUGUAUUAUAACUGAUGUUUCCUUGCUGACCCGGUGCAUUCCUUAUCCUUUAAGACAUUCAUGUAGAAUUCUGUUACGUAAUUAUAGCGUUUACAGUGUAGUAUAAAUAAUGUGAAAAUGUAGUGUAUAUUUUGAAGGUAGCCAGCAGCCUCAAAAGACUAAACAGAAUUUUAUGUUAAAAAUAACCCUGCCAUUCUCUUGCCAUGGUAAGAAGUCUCAAACUUGGACCAUUCUGUGUUGUGUUUGGCUGAUGUGUCGAAAGAAACCUAGCUGUCCCCAGGGAACCAAGAGUUCCCAUGCCUCUCCACACCUCCAGUAUAGCUUUCAGGAAUGUAUAUGACCAAAGUAAAGAGUAAGGAAUUAUGUGGCCAUGAUUUGACUUUUGAAAGGUACAGAUUUCCUCGGAGUCUCCGUGCCUCAGCCUUUUUAUCUGCUGAUUCUGAAUGUUAGAUGUGCAGAGCUCCAGAGUUUGCUCAUAAUGUGUAUAUUUGAGUUAGCUGGUGGUGAUAUUUUACAAUGGGCAGAAAAUGCAAUGGCUGUAUAUUUGUAAAUCAGUUAUGAGUGUGCAGCCAAGUUUUCCUCCUGUGUAAAAGUAAAGACUGGUAUAUGACAUCCUCCUCAUGCAGUAACGAACAUUUUGUAAUCAUGUUAUUAUUUUCUAAAUCAAUUGGGUGUAAUUUGAUGCAGUAUGGUAGUAUUACCAUGAUGUUCUUUGAUUGAUUGACUGGCACGCUACAACCUGAGGUGCCCACUGUUGUGGAGAAAAGAGUAAGGAAUUAUGUGGCCAUGAUUUGAUUUUCGAAAGGUACAGAUUUCCUCUGAGUCUCCCUGCUUCAGCCUUAAUUAGCUGCCGAUGUGAGACAUUGUCAGCCACCUCUUAAGGAACAGUUUGUGCCAUUAUUUUCUACACUGUUCCUUAUCAUUGUAAUAUAUAAAUAGUCCAUUUCUUUCUAUCCUUCCAUUAUUUUAUUGUGUGACCUCUGCAUCACAUUUCUUGUCUUAAUUAGGAAUUGAAAAUAAAGAAUUAUUGACAAGA